UGAGUUCUCUGAAUUUUGGUGAGCCUGACAAGAAGAUGUGGACGUUUUUCAGGAGCUACAAGAACGGGUUCGUGUGGCACGACCUCGCCGAGGAUGACCUCGUCCUCCCGGCCACAGACGGCGAGUAUGUGCUCAAGGGCUCCGAGCUCCUGGACCAACCUUCUUCUGUGGUGUCAUCUUUUGCUUGUUUAAAUAUACAGGUCAGUUUUACCAUGGUAGUAAUGGCAACCAGAAGCAGCAGAGCAGGGAGGCCGUGGCAUCCUUGAAGAUAACUGGCGGUAUCACUGGAAAAGAUAUGCUGGAUCAGCACCGGUUAGUUGAUGCUGGAGUAGCGAAGAUACAAGUGGCAUAUUUGGUACUGGCUAUGAUGGGAGCAGUCUAUUGCAGUUGCAUGAUCCUAUCCAGGGAAAGGAGCUCCCAACUGCAGAAACAGGUGAGAAUACUUUUGGAUCAACACAAGGCAGGUAAC